UUUCUUCACUUUAAACCCCCCAAAAACCGAAGCAACUUUUCUCAAUCGCAAAACCAACGCCUCAUGGCUUCUCAGCGGCCCGGUGUUUCUCCUGAGCCACUCUCAGCCUCGGGACGUAGUUCCGAUAGGCUUAGCCUCCCGACGCUUCAAUCCAAGAUGAAGUCCGACCCAGAAGGGUACGAGUCAGAGCUCGUCCUCAUCUACAACCAAUUCAAAUCCUCCCUGGAACUCUUCCAGCAACAAGCUGCGCUCAACUUCACCUCCAUCACCGGCAUCGCCACCGACCCCUCUGUAGCCAAAGACCUCGGCGAUAGGGCCAUGCUCUUGGCCCACGUCACACCGUUUUAUCCUCAACACCUUGCCGAUUUCCCCAAGCAACUCUCCCAUUUCCUAGCCUCCUCCGCGUGCUCGCUGCCCUCAGGUCUGAGGUGUCAUAUCGUUCAAUCGCUGAUUCUCCUUGCUAAUAGGAAGAUGGUUGAUAUUGGGGACACCCUAGCUUUGUUCAUGGAGCUACAGACUAUGGGCGAUAGGGCUUUAAGAAAAUUGGCAUUCUCUCAUGUUGUUCAUAGCAUCAGGCGAAUGAAUCAGAAGCAUAAGAACGAGGUUAAGAAUCGUCCGCUUCAAAAUAUCUUGUUUUCACUGCUUCAGCAAGAGGAUGAAGCAAAAGCCAAGAGAUCGCUUAUCACCCUAUGUGAGCUUCACCGAAGAAGAGUUUGGUUUGAUGAUAGAACAGCAGAUGCAAUUUGUACUGCAUGUUUUCAUUCUUCAUCAAGGAUCAUGAUUUCUGCUCUGUCAUUUCUCCUUGAUUUUGAGAAGAUUCAAGACGAAGAUGAUAGUGAUGCUUCAAGCAGUGAAGAUGACUUGAGUCCUCAAGUGCCUCGAGCUGUCCUUUGUAAAGAGGCUGUUUAUAAGGCACACCAUAAAGGAACAGUUUCGAGCAAGAAGAAAAAGCAAGCGAAAAUACAGCGUGCAAUUCGUAGCAUGAAAAGACAGCAACGCUUAUCAUCAGAAAAAACGAAUUCAAACUAUUAUUCACCACUUAGCCAUCUUAGGGAUGCACAGGGAUUUGCUGAGAAGUUAUUCUCUCGUCUUCAAACAUGCAAUGAACGUUUUGAGGUUAAGAUGAUGAUAUUAAAAGUAGUAGCACGAACAAUUGGGCUUCAUCGCUUGAUUCUGCUAAAUUUUUAUCCUUUUCUUGAGAAAUAUGUUCAGCCCCAUCAACGUGAUAUCACAAAUUUACUUGCAGCAGCAGUUCAGGCGUGCCAUGACAUGGUGCCACCUGAUGCAGUUGAAUCACUGUUCAAACAGAUAGUAAAUCUUUUUGUCCAUGAUCGUUCACGUCCAGAGGUCAUUGCUGUUGGGCUGAAUGUAAUACGGGAGAUAUGUUUACGCAUGCCGUUGUUGAUGACGGAAGAUCUGCUGCAAGAUCUUGUGUUAUACAAGAAAUCACAUGAGAAGGCAGUUUCGGUUGCAGCUCGUUCACUGAUUACAUUAUUUAGGGAGGUUUGCCCCUCACUGCUAGUCAAGAAGGAUCGUGGGCGUCCUACCGACCCUAAGGCAAGGCCAAAAGCUUAUGGAGAAGUUGAUGUUCUCAGCAAUGUUCCUGGUGUUGAGUUAUUACAAAAUGAUGAGAACAAUGCUGUUAGUGAUACCGAUGGAUCCACAUUCAGUGAUUCUGUUGAUGGCCAUGAUAGUGAUGGGAUUGCUGCUGGUAGUGAUGAUGAAGAGAACCGGCUGUGCAAUGAUAUUAUUGGAAGUGAAGAUGAUGAAUUAGAAGCUGAAUCUGACGAUGGUGAGAGCAGUAUUUAUUAUGAUGAUAGUGAUGUGGGGACUGAUGAUGAUGAUGAAGAAGAGGACGAGGAAGAGGAAGAGCACAUGAAGGCUGUAGAGGAGAAUGUGCAUGAAGAAAUGAAUGGUUCUGAUACAACUAACCCUGACAUCAGGGACAGCAAAACUGGAGGAAGUGAAUCUAAUGCAAAAAAGAGGAACUUAUCUGAUUUUGACGGACAAUUGCUUGCUGCUGAUGCAAGUCUUCGAGCUCUAAAGAGAUUGGCAGGAGUGACAAUGGGGUGUAUCCCAUCAGAGUCAACCGAUGGAAUUCUUUCUAACGAGGAUUUCCAAAGGAUCAAGGAGCUGAAGGCAAAGAAGGAAGCAAAAAUGGCUUUAGCUCAGCAUGGGUUAUUACGAAAGGGUAUCCCAAGUUCUGAUCAAUUGAGUGUUAAACGGGUGGAUCCUGCCAAGCUUGAAGCUCAUGUGCGAAAAAGGUUGAGCAAGGAGGAGAGAUUAGCAUUGGUGAGGGAGGGGAGGGAGGAAAGAGGGAAGUUCCAGGCUCGAACUGCUGUAAAACAGAAAAAGACUGGUGGUCUGAGCAAUAGGCAGAAGGAGCACAAGAAGGCUAUGCCCCUGGCUGCAAAGAAAGCCAAGGUAGCAAGAUCUCGACAAGAGAAGAAGAAAAAACAGCAGCGUUCUGGCAAACAGUUCCGGGGGAAGAAAGCAUGGAAAUGACCAGGAACAUAUCUAUAUUUGCUUUUUCCACCAUAUCAUAUAUGAUUUUUUUUUUUUUUUGACAUUUUUUCAAGUGAAAAUGGAUCCUUGAGUUCCAAUUUAAA